UCGAAGGAGCCGUAAAGGUAAAGGUAUAUACUAAACACACUCCGACGACGACGGUCGGCUUUCACAACCGCUGCAACAGCGCGCACACGCGCACGCACACGCCGACGGUCGACGUUUCGCGUUUCGCGUUUUUGUGUUUUCUCCGCCGUGCGUGUUUCUCUUUUCCCGUGUCAGUACAGUCGCCGAAUCCGUCGGAAUCUCUCGCGUUGUACGCCACCUGUACUUGGUACAUUCGUCUUGCCCAUAUCGUAUUCAUCAUCGUUUGUUUGUAACAAUCAUUUUUGUACCAGUAUUACGUGCGAAUAGAGAGAACCGUGCUAUUACUAUUCCGACCCUCGUCGCGUACCUUUAUCGAUUGUUAUUAUUCGCCAACGAUCGACUGCGGUCGAUAUAUUAUCAUAUUACUGAUCGUGUACUUAUGAUAUUGUAGGUAGCCAGUUAGGUAUUAUAUGGUUAUUAUAAACAAUACGGCCGCCCGCGCUCUCUCUCUCGCUCUUUCUCUCUCUAUAUCUGUCUCUCUCUCUCGCCCAUCCGUGCCGUCGUCUGCCUGAGGAGGAGAGACGAUAGAUAUAAAAUAAAAUCUCAAGUAUCCUCGCCGCAAAUUGUAUACUAAAUAAUAGUGUUGCAAAUUGUGCACCGCAGUCCACCGCAGUCGUCGGGGAAAUUCGUGGACCGAAAAGACCUGAGAAGAACAUCGCGCAUUAUCAUCAGCGUCAACGGCGUAACGAAGACAACGGAUUGGCACUGCACGCACAUAUACCUGUGGGCACAAAAAAAAAUUAUUAUUAUUGUUACAACUGUCGUAGCAGUUCGAGGCGCGUGAGUCUUCACAGCCGAUCUAUAUUGAUCCAGAUUUAAAGAUAUCUCUACUCCUGUUCACACAUGUUCGUCUCAUCACCGCUGCUGGUCGUUGCUAUCGAGGCUUAGAUGUUGCCUCAAUUCACUGCCUUAAGAAAUGCCUGGAUUGAAAGAUAUGUCGAUGCAACAACCAGGAAAUAAUAGCAAAAGAGAUCUAAACGAAAAACCAAUAAUGCCGUACCAUCGAAACAGCGUCAAUUCAAAUGGAUACUCAACAGACGGAGGCCAACAAAGUAUCGCCGGUGAGGAGAGGAACGGUGAUGAAAAUAAUUCAGCCCCAACUUAUGUGAUCGAACAUUUAGCCACAUUUACGGUUUCAAAAAGUACUGGUAUAGUUUACCCAGCAGAUGGCAUGAGGAGACUAUUACACCUUGAAAAAUCGAACGGUAUUUGGUCACAAAAAAUGCAACUGCGUCUUGAUCAAUCUUGGGUGUUGAUAAUGGAUUUUGAAACGGGUGUUGUAAUGGAACGAUUUCCGAUUUCAUUAGUAAAAGAACCUACAGCUUUUACGAGUAACGAUCCAAUGGAAAUUUAUAAUAAUAUUCUAGUAUUUGUAGUUGGUCAAGUUGAUUCACGAUCGGAGAUGCACAUAUUUCAAAGUCAAAGCGUACCAGCUCAAGAAUUAGUUGAUGACCUAAAGCUACUGAGGUCUGGAAAAGGAAUUAAUAGAAAGUCAAGACAUGUACCACCUCCUCCUCCAACACCACCACCAAAUCCACCAUCAAAUGGAGUCAGUGUGCGAGAACAAGUGUCCGUUUUCAAUGCUGUUGCUCAUCACUCUGAUAAUAUCACUAGAGUUGAUGAUGAAACAAGUUCAACGUCUAGUGAAAAAUAUGAGAGAGAUGUUAUAGUACUGAAUCACUGCUUUGAUGAUAUUGAAAAAUUCAUUGCAAGGUUACAACAUGCAGCCGCUGCAUCUCGAGAACUGGAACGCCGGAGAAGGAAUCGUAAAUCUAAAAAGAAGGAUAUUGGUGACGGAAUGCUUACAAUGCGAGCUAAACCACCUCCAGAAAUCGAGUUCAUUGAUAUCUUUCAAAAAUUCAAACUGUCAUUUAAUCUUUUGGCUAAAUUAAAAGCUCACAUCCACGACCCAAAUGCUCCAGAACUUGUACAUUUCUUGUUCACUCCAUUGGCAUUGAUUGUUGAUGCUUCUCAUGACACUCAAUACAAACCAAACAUUCCAUCUAGAGUUGUAUCACCUUUACUCACAAGGGACGCAAUUAAUCUCUUGAUGAACUGUGUAACCAGUAAAGAAACAGAAUUAUGGCAUUCUUUGGGCGACGCUUGGCUUAUUCCAAGAGAGCAAUGGAAAGGCUAUGCAGCUCCUUACCAUCCAAUUUUUAUGGAUGGGUGGUCACCUGAAUAUCCAAUUCCAGUUUCUGAUGACCAUUUAACCAAUGUUCCAACUGCAGGUGUAAUUGAAUCAAAGAAAUCAAGAGACGAAAUUAAAAAUUCAAAUCCUGAGGGAGAAUUGCGAGACACUUUAUAUCACCAUCGUGAUCGAGAACACACUGGUGUAGGUGAUGAUAGCAGUGACUAUUUUGAAUAUGAACACGAACAAUCGGCAAUGAUGGGUAUUAGACCUCAGUAUACAUUUAAUACUGGUGGCAACUAUUCCGGCCAUCAUCAAGAACAAUUUGGACCAGAUGAUAGAGAUGAUUCACAUAGUUUGGAAGGCGAAUCUGAACCUGAUUUUAACACACUAUCGCUUCAUAGUCCACCAAGAAUGGAUAAAGAACGAGCAGAUAAUAUGGCGGCACGCAGUGACAUAUCUGCUGAUUCGAUUGAGCGUAAUAAUGCAAGUGGGCCGGGAAGUGAGAGAUUUGAAAGAGCUCAAGCUAGGUGGUUGGAAGACAUGCGAGCUCGAGGUGUAAAAAUAGUUCAAGUAACCUAUCCGAGAACAGCAAAUAAUGACAAAGAACUAUCUGUUGUACGCGGUGAAUUGUUAGAAAUUUUGGAUGAUAGUAGAAAAUGGUGGAAAGCUCGAAAUAAUCGUUCACAGGUGGCUCAUGUACCUCAUACUAUUGUUACUCCAUUUAAUCCAAUGCUGGACUCAAACGAUAUAUUUACAAAUCCAGUGUAUGCUAAAGGGUAUGAUAAAAGAUCAGCUUCACAAUCACAAAAUUACACACAAGAGUCUAUAAAAAGUGACUUUGUAGAUCAAAGCAUGAGUUCUGAUCCGUCUAGAAAUACUUCUGUACCACCACCGGGUCCAGCACCGGCUGAUUGGGUGCGAAAAGAACGAAUUGGUAAAAAAGGAGAAUUUCGUUAUUUUUAAUAACAAAAUGAAUAAAUAUACUUCAAUAAACCUUGAUUGACAAUAAUUUAUAUUAUUUUUUAUUUUUAUUUUUAAGGAGCAUUUUUUUUUGUUUUUAUUUGUUAUCAAAUUUGUUUUGUGAAUAUAUCAUAAUAAUAAGUUAUAAUGCAUGUUCUAGUUCUGUAAGACAUUUUGAUGAUUUUUAAAAUUGUUGAGUUUAAGUUUUUAAUCAAGUUUGUUGUCUUUUAGUCUAUUCUACUAUUCUUGAAUAUAAUAUAACUAAUAAAUAGUCCAUUAAAAGUAUUUAAAACACAAAGAAAAACUAUUAUUCAACUUCUGGGUUCUUUUUGUUUCUUAAAAAAAAAUGUUUUAUACAUACCUAUACACCAAAGUCAUGUCUUAAAAUAUAAGAAUGUAUUAUAGGGUUUGAUUUUUUUAUAAUCUCUGCAAUAGACAGAUAUGUUGCAAAUGUAUCGAUUAGUUAUAUUAUAUUCUAAUAGAAAAAAUUAUUGUAUUAUUGAAACUGUAAAAAGCAUUAUGUACAUCAUUUUAUUAUUAU